UCUUGGGCUCUGCCGGUACUGGGGUGUCGCUGCUGCCUCUGUGCCGGGGGAGGGGCCGUCAGCGCACCUCUGGCUUCAGCGGGGGAAAGGUCUGGGAGGUUGUUCCCCAAAGAGGCGGUAGCAGCUCCCCCGAGGCUACAGGGCCUCCAUGAUGAGGCCAUUGGCAUCGCCACUAUCCUUCCGACUGACCCUGCUGAGAUUUUGAGUUUGAGGCAAAGAAUGUGCCCUGCAUGGAAGAGGGGCAGCCUUCCCCCAGCCCUAGCCUCUCCCUGAAUGGGGAUGUGCAUAAAAUGGGACCGGGAGCUCAACCACACCUGUCUUUUACAUAACCUGAGCAACAAGGAAUUCUGCAUAAUGAAAAUGAUUGAGAAUGUUGACUCUGUAGUGACUAGGUCAAGCCAGGACCUCUGGGCUGAAAUCUGUUCAUGUCUGCCAGAUCCAGACCAGAAAGAUGACUUUAGUGAUGCUUUUACAGAUUCCUUCACAGAUUCUUACAUCAGUGGAGAAAGCCAGGAUGAAGAACCAGCUGGUUCUUUCCAAGCAAAUCUGAAGCCUUGGGCACCUCUGAAAGAUUCAGAGAUAUAUUUAGCAUCACUAGAGAGAAGACUGAUGAGAAUUAAGGGUUUGUCUCAGGAAGUGACCUCCAAGGAUAUGCUGCAUACUCUGGCCCAAGCAAAGAAGGAAUGCUGGGAUAGGUUCCUGCAGGAAAAGUUUGAAUCUGAAUUUUAUGUGGAGGGACAUGAAUCUGAAGAGAGCACCCUGGAACAUUUAAAGCGGUGGCUGCAGCCUGAUAAAGUGGCAAUCAGUACUGAAGAGGUACAGUACCUGAUUCCCCCAGAGUCCCAUAUAGAGAAGCAAGAAACUGGGGAAGAGUCUCCAGCAGCAGAACAAUGAAAUGCAUUCCAACCAUGCGAAGCAGCUGUCCAAGGACUGAUGGAGCUGCAUUCAGUGGCAGUAAUAAAAGGGCAGGGUGAGGAAUUGCCAAUUUUUGGUCAGCAAGGGAAAGAGCUAUGGACAUCCAGAGGAUAGAAUUGCAUUUUUUAAUCAACAGGAGUGAAGUGUCCUGCAACUUUGUGCAUGCUGGACUUAAAUCUUGUUUUUAUCUACGUGGUUUUCCAUCUUGUAGCAAAACAAUCAUUCCAGUUUAAAAAAAAAAUUGUUUGUAAUUCACAAAAAGAAGCUGGUCAAAAAGGGUGAUAUCCUAGAAUAGCGCAGCUAAUAACUCAAAAGACAGACAUUUCUUCCUCCUUUCUUGUACCCUCUCUUUGUGGCUAUAUCUUUCCUGUUGCUAGCUUCACGGGCUUUACUCGUUGAUUUGUUACAACAAUUCUGCUGUAAAGUUAUCUGUAAAACUCCACAAUUUGUGCUUGAGUUGGCUCUAAACUUUAUCCUGGAGAGAUGAAACAUUUGCCCUGUUUGGAUUUGGUGCAAACUAAAUGGCACAGUACUCUCCAAUGACAAUUACCAAAGCCUGUUUAACAUUCUUCUCUUUAUAAUGUACCAGCAUGGAAUAUCACAUUUAUUGGACCUUCAGACAGUCUUGUUUGAAAAGAAGUGUUCCUCUACUUUUUUUUCUUCUGCUUGAUUUGUUUCCCUCCCCGAGAGGGGCAGGUUAGAUUCUAAAUCAGUGGAAGUGACAACUGCUCAAUGGAUUGUUUUCAUGUUAAAUAAUUCUUUGUGAGUCUUAUAUUAAGCCUGUUUGUAUAGAUACUUGAUCUGUUUUAUCUGCAGCAAAUUGUCCCCCAUCAUUACUCAGAGGGUCUGUAAUCCUGACCUUUGUAUGAGGCUGACUCUUAUAAUUAUUAUAUAGUAGCUGCAGUUUCUUAUAUGAUAUCAAAAGCAUAAGGCAAUAGAGAGCAAUGGCUUACAUCUUCUGCUGGGUUCCUAAAACUGUAGUGAUUAGUUCUAAUACUUUAUACCGAUGUAGAUGUUCUGUAGCAAAUAUGGAUGUGUGAAAUGCACUUGCAAACCAGCUUCUUGAAAUACCUACCACUGUUUCCAUGUCUCUAUAAUUGAGUGGUGCUAUUGUUUCUUUAUUCGAGCCAUGGUUUUACUGCUACUUCUGAGCAGGAAGUCCAACAGGAUGAAUUGGGACUCCUCUAAAUGGGGAAAUUUACCUGCAGAACUAUAUCACUAUAGUUACACCAGUAUAAGUCCCUGCAUGAACACUCUUAUUACAGAAUAAGUGUCCACUUGGGAAAUUAUACCAGUAUAACUAUAUACAUACCGGUACAGAAGUAUACCAGUAUAAUUAUGUGAGUAAACUUCCCCAUGUAGACAUGGGAAAUACAGCUCAUUGUUUGAACAUAUAGAGCUGAGUCUCUUAUUGGCCCACAGCUGGGAAGAAUUUACAGUAUUAGUGCCAGUGAAAACCCAGACUUAAGUCUCCUUCAAUGCAAAACUACUUAUUUGAAAGAAUCAGACAAGCAGCAAAAAGGUUAUACACCGCUUCUUCCUAAUAAGCCUCAAUUCCCCAAGCAUAAACUCUUAGUAACUGUGUUGGCUCUAUGCAUUAUCCUGAUUGGCAAAUAAAGCCGGUAUAGUUACCAGUUCUAGAUGGAGA